AUGAAUGCUUCUGUUGGUGGUGGUUUAAAGUCUCGGUAUGAAACUGAAAAAGAACUAGCCAAGUGUGGUAGAGACACGGGCGCUGUUUAUCCGUGCAAGGAUAAAGUUACCAAUGAGUAUGUAGCAUGCAAGUCAAUUAAUAGAAUGAGUUAUACAUAUAACCCUGAUUUCAUCAAGCGUGAGAUUAUGAUUAUGAAUGAGUUAACACAUCCAAACGUUGUGAGUUUAAAAAGUGUUUAUGUCGAUGACGACCAUGUUGAUUUAAUAAUGGAGAAUUGUUCUGGUUCCGAUCUUCAUAAUCGAUUAACGGAAAUUACGAGGUUUACGGAGAGUAACGCGAAGUUUUUUUUCAAGCAGUUGAUGGGAGUAGUCGAGUCAUGUCACGAGAGAGCUCUUGAGAUGCCGGAUCAGGAUCCUGUUUACGACCAGGCAGUGGACGUGUGGAGUCCAGGUGUUGUUCUUUUUUGUCUUCUUAGUGGAAGUCCGCCGUUUUAUGGAGAGACCAAUGCGGAUAUAAUAGAGAAUAUUAAAGACGGUGGUUUCUAUUAUGAUCGUUGUCUUUGGAUCAAUAUAUCUGAGUUAGCUAAAGAUCUGGUCAGUGGAAUGUUAUGUAAAGAUCCUGCAAAGCGGCUCACUGCAACUGAGUGGGAAUAUGGGUCUCUUUAUUAUGUUUUCGUUACUGACAUAAAAAUUACGGUACUAGACAGAACCUUACGUACUGUAUGA